GCGCUCCGGGAACGGCGAGGGGAGAGCGGAGAGCGGAGCCUGAGGGGAGCGGCCAGCGCGGGGGAAGGGCGAGGCUGCAGGGCCGGGCGGCGUGUGCUGGUCCUGCCGCUCUCUGGCGUCGUAGUUUAGUGGAAAAGGGAAGGGAUAGAAAAGGGAACUGAUUUAAAAUAGCCCCCGAUCCCUCCGGGGGCCGGUUCCCUGUCGGUGCCAUUGCACCGGGGGGCAGCGGGGCUCUGGUGCAGCCGCAGCCCGGGGGGCUUGGCUGCGAGCGGGGCGGGGGUCGCUGCCCUCGCUGCUCCCCUCGCCCGGGGUUGGGGCUUUUUGUGUGGGGAAGGGGCAGGAUGAGCUUGCGGAGUUUCGCUGGAAUCCUUCCUUUCUGCGGCGCUGCCGCUGCUGAAGCAGAUCUUUCCUUCCUCUCUUUUUUUUUUGUCUGAUGCAGAAUCUCAGUAGCUAGGCAGCCUCCCUCUUUUCUUUCCUUCCUUCCUUCCUUCCACCCCUUCGCUAUGUAGGAAGGGAGAGGCAUCAAUGGAAAGGCUGAAAAUCGCGUAGAUGGACUUUCAGAUGCAUUUUUUCUUGAAAGAGGAAGAUAAAUCCCGCUUGCCAGCGCACUGACUUUUGUUGCUAUUGCAUCGCUCGGUAAAAAUGGGGUUCACUCACUCCAGCUGAAUCCUUGGAGCAUUCCGGAGAGUUGCUGCAGUGAAGGACUUACCUUUAUUUUUUGCGUCAGAGGAGCUGCAUUGAUGUUAACCAUUUUUUUGUAAAAUGGAGAACGAGAUCUUCACACCCCUUCUGGAGCAGUUCAUGUCGAGCCCUCUUGUCACCUGGGUGAAGACAUUCGGACCGCUAGCUGGAGGAAAUGGGACCAACCUGGAGGAAUAUGUAGCACUGGUGGAUGGAGUGCAUCUGAACGAAGUCAUGCUGCAAAUCAAUCCAAAGUCUGCUAAUCAGAGGAUAAACAAAAAAGUAAACAAUGAUGCAUCAUUAAGGAUUCAAAAUUUGUCUAUUUUGGUGAAACAAAUAAAAACUUACUAUCAGGAGACUUUGCAGCAGCUGAUCAUGAUGUCUUUGCCAAAUGUGCUAAUAAUUGGCAAGAAUCCUUUUUCUGAACCAGGUACUGAAGAAGUAAAAAAGCUCCUCCUGCUUUUGCUUGGUUGUGCAGUUCAGUGUCAGAAAAAAGAAGAAUUUAUUGAAAGAAUCCAAAGUCUGGAUUUUGAUACCAGAGCAGCUGUUGCAGCCCAUAUUCAGGAGGUAACUCAUAAUCAGGAAAAUGUGUUUGACCUGCAGUGGAUGGAUGUCAUUGUGCUGACACAAGAGUAUGUUGAACCUCUCCUGAAAAAUAUGGCAUUGCAUUUAAAAAGACUUAUAGAUGAAAGAGAUGAGCACUCAGAGACCAUCAUUGAGCUGUCAGAGGAGCGGGACUGUCUCCGUUUCCUGCCUCACGCGUCGGCGGCGCAGUCCCCGUGCGGCUCCCCCGGCAUGAAGCGCACGGAGAGCCGGCAGCACCUGAGCGUGGAGCUCGCUGACGCCAAGGCCAAGAUCAGGAGGCUUAGGCAGGAGCUUGAGGAAAAGACUGAGCAGCUGCUUGACUGUAAACAAGAACUGGAACAGAUGGAAGCUGAACUGAAGAGACUUCAGCAAGAGAACAUGAACCUGCUGUCGGAUGCCCGCUCUGCCAGGGUGUACAGGGAUGAGCUGGACGCGCUCCGGGAGAAGGCGAUCCGAGUGGACAAGCUGGAGAGUGAAGUCAGCCGCUACAAGGAGAGGCUCCAUGACAUUGAGUUCUACAAAGCCAGGGUGGAGGAGUUAAAGGAGGACAAUCAAGUGUUGCUAGAAACCAAGACAAUGUUGGAAGAUCAAUUAGAGGGGACACGAGCCCGUUCGGAUAAACUGCACGAGUUAGAAAAAGAGAAUUUACAGCUAAAAGCUAAAUUGCAUGAUAUGGAGAUGGAGCGUGAUAUGGACAGAAAGAAGAUUGAGGAGCUCAUGGAGGAAAAUAUGACCCUAGAAAUGGCUCAGAAACAAAGUAUGGAUGAGUCUUUGCAUCUUGGCUGGGAGCUUGAGCAGAUAAAUAGGACUACUGAACUUUCUGAAGUGCCCCAGAAAUCACUAGGCCAUGAGGUGAAUGAGCUGACAUCCAGCAGGUUACUGAAGCUGGAAAUGGAAAACCAAAGUUUGCUGAAGACUGUGGAAGAACUGCAAAGUGCAGUGGGCUCUGUGGAAGGCAGCAGUUCAAGGAUUCUGAAAAUGGAAAAAGAAAACCAAAGACUUAGCAAGAAGCUUGAAGAGCUGGAGAAUGAAAUUAGCCAAGAGAAACAAAGUCUUCAGAACAGUCAAAAUCAGAGUAAAGAUUUGAUGAAAGAAAAAGCACAGCUUGAAAAGACACUUGAAGCACUUCGAGAGAACUCCGAGAGACAAAUUAAACUCUUGGAACAAGAAAAUGAACACUUGAAUCAAACUGUGGCUUCUCUAAGGCAGCGCUCCCAAAUCAGUGCUGAGGCAAGAAUGAAAGAAAUUGAAAAGGAAAAUAAAAUCCUUCAUGAGUCUAUCAAAGAGACCAGCAGUAAGUUAAAUAAGAUUGAAUUUGAAAAAAAACAAAUCAGGAAAGAACUGGAACACUACAAAGAGAAAGGGGAGAGGGCGGAAGAAUUAGAGAACGAGCUGCAUCGUCUGGAGAAGGAAAAUGAGUUAUUACAGAAAAAAAUCACCAACCUAAAUAUCACUUGUGAGAAGAUCGAGGCCUUAGAACAAGAGAACUCUGAGCUGGAGACGGAGAACAGAAAGCUGAAAAAAACCUUGGAUAGCCUGAAAAACCUCACUUUUCAGUUAGAAUCCUUAGAAAAGGAGAAUUCCCAACUCGAUGAAGAAAAUUUAGAGUUACGAAGGACAAUUGAAUCCUUGAAGUGUACAAGCAUUAAAGUGGCACAGUUACAAUUAGAAAAUAAGGAGCUGGAGAGUGAAAAGGAGCAACUCAAAAAAAGCCUUGAACUGAUGAAAGCCUCUUUUAAGAAGACUGAACGCUUGGAAGUCAGUUACCAAGGCCUGGACACAGAAAACCAAAGGCUACAGAAAGCCCUGGAAAACAGCAAUAAGAAGAUUCAGCAAUUAGAGAGUGAAUUACAGGAUUUAGAGUCUGAAAAUCAGACCCUGCAAAAGAACUUGGAAGAGUUAAAAAUCUCUAGUAAGCGCCUGGAGCAGUUGGAAAAGGAGAAUAAGUUGUUAGAACAAGAGACUUCUCAACUGGAAAAGGAUAAGAAACAGCUGGAAAAGGAAAACAAAAGGCUUCGACAGCAAGCAGAAAUUAAAGAUAGUACCUUAGAGGAAAAUAAUGUAAAAAUCAGUAAUCUGGAGAGGGAAAAUAAAUCUCUGUUUAAAGAAAUUGUUGUAUACAAAGAGUCGUGUCUGCGCCUGAAAGAACUGGAAAAGGAAAACAAGGAGCUGGUGAAAAGAGCAACCAUUGAUAAGAAAACCCUGGUCACUUUGAGAGAGGACUUAGUGAAUGAGAAAUUGAAGACUCAACAGAUGAACAAUGAUCUAGAAAAACUGGCCCACGAGCUUGAAAAAAUUGGCUUGAACAAGGAGCGUCUCCUGCACGAUGAGCAGAGCAGUGAUGACAGUAGGUACAAGCUUUUGGAGUCCAAAUUAGAGUCCACGCUCAAGAAGUCUCUGGAAAUAAAAGAAGAAAAAAUUGCUGCUUUGGAGGCUCGUUUGGAAGAAUCAACAAAUCUAAACCAGCAGCUGCGUCAGGAACUGAAAACAGUGAAGAAGAACUAUGAAGCUCUCAAGCAAAGACAAGAAGAGGAAAGGAUGGUUCAGAAUUCUCCUCCAAGAAGCGGAGAAGAAAAUCAGUCUGUCAAUAAGUGGGAGAAGGAAAAUCAGGAGACUACUAGAGAAUUAUUGAAAGUUAAAGAUAGAUUAAUCGAGGUGGAAAGGAAUAACGCGACGCUGCAGGCGGAGAAGCAGGCGCUGAAAACGCAGCUCAAGCAGCUCGAGACACAGAACAACAACCUGCAGGCCCAGAUCCUGGCCCUGCAGAGACAGACUGUGUCCCUGCAGGAGCAAAACACAACUCUGCAAACUCAGAAUGCCAAGCUGCAGGUUGAGAAUUCCACGCUGAAUUCCCAGAGCACCUCGCUGAUGAACCAGAACGCGCAGCUGCUGAUCCAGCAGUCGGCCCUGGAGAACGAGAACGAGUGCGUGCUGAAGGAGCGCGAGGACCUCAAGGGGCUCUACGAGGCCCUGCUCAAGGACCACGAGCGCCUGGAGCAGCUGCACGAGCGCCAGGCAGCCGAGUACGAGUCCCUCAUCGCCAAGCACGGCAGCCUCAAGUCUGCUCACAAAAACCUGGAGGUGGAGCACAAGGACUUGGAGGAUAGGUACAAUCAACUGCUGAAACAGAAGGUGCAGCUGGAAGAACUGGAGAAAGUUCUCAAGACAGAGCAGGACAAAAUGCUGCAGCAAAGUGAGAAACAUGAAACUGUGGCAGCAGAAUAUAAAAAGCUUCGGGAUGAAAAUGAAAGGCUCACUCACACGUACAGUCAGCUCCUGAGGGAAAAUGAAGUACUCCAGACUGACCACAAGAAUCUGAAAACAUUAUUGAACAAUUCCAAACUGGAACAAACACGGUUGGAAGCCGAGUUUUCCAAACUCAAAGAACAGUACCAGCAACUGGAUAUUACAUCAACAAAACUAAAUAAUCAGUGUGAGCUGCUCAGCCAGCUUAAAGGAAACCUGGAGGAGGAGAACAGACACCUGCUGGAUCAAAUCCAAACUUUAAUGCUGCAGAACAGAACACUACUGGAGCAAAACAUGGAAAGCAAGGAUCUCUUCCAUGUGGAGCAAAGGCAAUACAUUGACAAACUAAAUGAAUUGAGGCGCCAGAAGGAGAAACUGGAGGAGAAGAUAAUGGAUCAGUAUAAAUUUUAUGAGCCAUCUCCACCACGAAGAAGGGGCAACUGGAUCACCCUGAAGAUGAGGAAGCUGAUCAAGUCCAAGAAGGACGGGAACCGCGAGCGCCUCAAGUCAGUGACGCUGACGCCCACGCGCUCCGAGUCCAGCGAGGGAUUCCUGCAGCUGCCCCACCAGGACAGCCAGGACAGCUCCUCCGUGGGCUCCAACUCCCUGGAGGACGGGCAGACCCUGGGCACCAAAAAGAGUAGUAUGGGUGCACUGAAAAGACUGCCCUUUUUGAGGAACAGACCGAAGGAAAAAGACAAAAUGAAGGCCUUCUACCGUCGCUCCAUGUGUGGACAGUUUUCUCGAGUUUGGGGAAGUGAAGCCAUGAAUGACCUGGUGCAGUCCAUGGUCCUGGCAGGAGGACAAUGGACAGGUAGUUCUGAGCAUCUGGAGGGUCCUGAUGAUAUAUCCACGGGUAAAAGGAGGAAGGAAUUGGGAGCUAUGGCCUUCUCUACUACAGCUAUCAACUUUGCCACUGUCAACUCCUCCACAGGCUUCAGAUCCAAGCAGUUGCUAAAUAAUAAAGAUACUACAUCCUUUGAAGAUGUAAGUCCACAAGGUAUUAGUGAUGAUUCUAGUACAGGAUCGAGAGUUCAUGGAGUACAGGACUUUAUCUGUGCAGAUGCUCUUGCUCCUCCUGUCCAUGGCAUUCCAGCCCUGUGCAGGGUUCCCUGUCAGAUCUGUUUGCCCUUUUCCAAAGUGUCCUCUUGGACUGCCUGGAAAUUCCUUCGCUUUCUGAUCUCUUCCAGACCAGCCAGCCUUGAUAGUGGCAGGACAUCCACUAGCAAUAGCAAUAACAAUGCUUCACUCCAUGAAGUCAAAGCAGGUGCAGUGAACAGCCAGAGCAGGCCCCAGAGCCACAGCAGUGGGGAGUUCAGCCUGCUCCACGAGCACGAGGCCUGGUCCAGCAGCAGCAGCAGCCCCAUCCAGUACCUGAGGGGGCACACCAGGUCUAGCCCUGUGCUCCAGCACAGGAUGCCCGAGACGCCAGAGAGUCGUGGGAAACAGACCAAAACGGGCUCCCCUGGAAGUGAAGUUGUCACCCUGCAGCAGUUCCUGGAAGAAAGCAACAAGAGUAACUCCAGUGAGAUGAAAUCUGCAAGUGAAGAGAACCUUUUAGAUGAAGUGAUGAGAAGCUUGUCCGAGUCUGCGGAGCUGGCAGGGAGGGAGAAGCUCCGAAAGCAGCCAGCAGCUGGCUGUGGGAUUGUGAGAUCCCUGAGUGUCAGAAACACAGUUGAUUUCUCAGAUGGACGAUCCCUUAAACCAGAACAGCUGGUAAGGCCUAGCCUUCGGAAGACUGAAGAUCUCUACUUCAGUAGCUCUCCAAUCAAAUUCACCCCCGGCGCCCAGGGGAAGGCCAGGUCCGUGAAAGAAAAGAUCCAAGCAACUGUGACCCAGCGACAAUCCAGGGACUGCAAUCCCUACGCCACCUUACCUCGUGCCAGCAGCGUGAUUUCCACGGCAGAAGGGACCACCCGAAGGACAAGCAUCCAUGAUUUUUUGUCUAAGGACAGUAGGCCGCCCGUGUCCGUGGAUGCAGCCCCGGCCCCCGCUGACAGGAGUGCUCCGCCCACCUCCAGUGAGUACUCGGCACUCCGGGUGUCCUCUCCUUGUGUUCACUGUGUGCCUGCCAGGGGGGAGCGUGGCCCGCAGGGCGAGGCAGCUCCCUCACUCACAGCACGUAAUUUAGGAGGUAACUCUGAGUUUCCCAAGCCGGCCAGGAUGGAAAGGCCGGGUUGUCGUGAGAGGACUUUGCCGAGCGCGAGUGUGUUCUGGGAUAAAGCCAGCGGAUCUGGGAAUGGCAGCGCAGGGUCCUUCACUGCACCCCAGCCGUUCUUAUCCCUCAACACCGAGUUAGUCAGCAAUAUCAGUGGAUUGCCCCCAAGAUCCACCUCCAAAGCAGCCAAUCAGGCAAACGUGUCGGCAUCUAGGUCAGUGCCGAGGAGCCAAGAACAGCCUUGUGCUGCUCAGAAGGCUCAGGGUGACCCGCGGGCAGCUCUGACCGGGGACCCUGUCCCUGCCCCCGGCCCUGGCGAGGCCCAGUCCCCACUGCUGGUCUCGGAAGAUAACCAGACCCUGUGGUAUGAGUAUGGCUGUGUAUGAAAGAAGGCCAUGUUAUUAAAUCUGUAUAAGCCUAACGUGCCGUAGAGGUGUUCUCCAUGUCCACUGGAUGACAGAGAAAACUUCCCUACAAUGAAGGAAUCAUUCCUGGUUGAUCCGCGGGUGGUCGUUCCCUGCGGAUGGCGGCUGUGGACUGUGGCAUGUUUGAAUGUGGAAUUGUAACCCCACCAAAGUCUGCAUGAAACAUUAAUUGCACUGUGUAUAUUUUGCAUGCCUUUAUAAUACGAGCUAUAUUUUUAUUUGUCACGCAUUGCAAAUAUUUUGGUGUUUUCCUGUUGGUUACUGCUGCAUGUUAAACCAAGCGCAUGCCCGGAACGGCGCAGGGAACAGCAUUCCUGGGACAAGGACAGCACUGGCACUGGUGCUCAAGCUCUCAGAGCUAUCAGCAACGCAAUUGAGUAUCUACUUGCAGGGAAAAAACCCUUUUUUCCCCCCUCCUUUCAAAUAUGAGGCGCUAAUGGAAAGAAGUGUUUGGGACAUCUCAGUGUCUUCUUACCCUUUUCAUUUAUGCCGUGUUGUGGCAUAAAUGCACAAGGAACAAGUGCCCAAUAAUCCCAAUAAUCCAGUGCCUCUGGUUUGCACAGCAAAUAUUAAUUACUGUCCAUACAGAGCAAUAAACAGACCAUUCAUAAUCCUAAACAGAAAUGAUCAUUCUUACAAAGAGGUGAUAAAUAGUCACGAUACGCAGCACUUGUCAUGAAAAAAUUACCUUUUCCACCUUUUCCCUUUGGUCUGCUUUGUCAUUCCACAUCGUGGGUACAACUGCAGUGAAGUGUCUGGUUUUAUCAGGGGUCAAAUAACAGGCUCCUUGUGAUGUAUAGCAAUAAAAACCUGUCUUGAGUAUGGUGGAAAUUAAUUUUUUCUUCUCAACGGAAGUAACACUGAUAUAAUAGAAAACAAAUGGUGCAGCAAAAUAACAGGGGAAAAAAAGUGAAAUUAACACAGUUAAAUAAAAGAAAAAGAACAAAGUUGCUUGCAAGGUUAUGGGAGGAUAUGAAUACGUCAGCAAAUAACUCCUUAAAUUCCAGACAAGCUGCUAAAGACAGAUGUUGAAUAGUAAUUACUUGAUGUGCCAGUGUUUCUGCAAGUGCUUGAAACUUUGCAAUGGUAAAUUUAAACAGUUUAAAAUUGUAUCAGAUUUAAGCUAUAAUUACAUGAGGCUUUAGGCAUGAGCAUUUCUUUGCAAGAAGGCAUUGGUUAUGCCAGUUGUGGGAGCUAAAAUACGUUAUAAAAAUUUUAAAUGACAGUAUAGCUAGAGGGAAAAUAUUUAAAAUUGAAAAUAAAUAUUGAAAACAACAAAUGUCACAUUCGGAUUUUUACAACUGAAUUUAUUCUGCCAGCAGUUUUGUGGCAGUCACAGAACUACUGCGUGGGCUGAACUCUUAAUUCCUUAGUGCUUAAUUAGGGAGGGGCAGUGAAUCCAUAGUUCCCCAAGAAAGAGCAGCAGAUAUCCCGUGUGGGAAUCUGGAAGGGCUCUGUUUUAUAAGGGAUAAGAAGCCCUGCAUUUCAGGAACAAGGGGAGGAUAUUCAAUGUCUGUGGAGAGUAAAAUGACUGUUUCAGGAUGUGACACAGGCCUUCCCCAGGUCUGCACCACUCGUUGGUAUUGGGCUGAUAAAUCUCUCACUUCUCCUAGUGCUGGGCACAGCAAGCAGUCGGUUAUUGCUAUGUUCCCUCUGGAACUGCCUCAGCAGCAGAAGAAUGAGAAAUCUGAUACACAGAAUCUUAAUUUCACACACAUUUCCUCUGACAGAGCGAGAUCAGUGUUCUGGUCUUGGCUCAUGCCAUUUGACUUCACUCCCGUUCGUCUGUAGCUGUGUUGGGAUUAGGUGGGAGGUGAAGAGCGCUGGUAUCCCAAGCAAAGUGCUUCAAGUUAUUUAAGCAAUUACAAUCCUAGCUCUGAGUAGUACAAAGUAGCACAGGUGAGUUAGUACAAACUCGCCCUGUGCUGACAGGGUCUGGCUUUUCUUACCUUUCUGCAGAGAUGCUGAUCAGAGCACGGUGUGUAGCUGCUUUAGAUCGACUCUGGUUGCAGAAGUCAGAGCAGCUCUCGGGUGUGCUGUUACCUCCUCGACUUGCUUAGGUCCUUAGACAGUCACACCUACAAAAACUGCCAGUGUUGUCCCCAGCUUCCCUCUUAAACCCCAAGGGCUUCGGAAUGACCGAGCAUGAGUGUCCUGGAGCACUAGUGUCUCCAGUCUGCUGGAGUUGGAGACCAACCUUGUCCAGCUCAAGCCACUCUGCUUUGGUUUGUAAAUUUGGAUUGAAUUGCAUUUCAGUUCUGAGGAUAAUAACUUGUUUUGCUCCACUGAGUUGGGCAGCAGCAGAAGCAUUCUGCAAGAGAGUGUUUAAUGGCUCUGAAUAAUGGCUUAUCAACAUUUGUUUGUUACAUGUGAAAGAAAGAAAAUGUUUUCAUGGUCGAAGGAUCUUUUUUUCCUCCGCUCUUUGGUCCUUAACAAGAAGUUCAUGGAUGUCUAUCUAUGUUCAAACAGUGGAAGGUUCCAUGGAAUUCUUUUCAUUCCCAAUCCCUGCUGCUCCUCAGCCAUGUGCAUGGCAGGCUGUGAAACACACGGAGCCCUUGCUCAUUCCUUGGUCCCUGCUGCCUUGGGCAGUGCUCAGUUAGGACUCUGCAUGGUACUGGUAAACACUAAAUACGUGGCUGCUGCCCAGAAAGGUUUUGUUGUUCAGGCUCAGCCGUUUGCUCACAGUUGAGGUUUGCUUGGCUCAGGGUUUGCUUGAUGCUUUGCUUUCAGUGACUGGUGAAUUCAGAUGCUGCAUUUUGCAUGUUCAAGCUGUUGCAUGCAAAGACAGUUUUGUGGUUUGUGGAACUGAAUGUGAACGUUUGUUGGUGUGCAGCAAGUCAAAAUACAAAGAAGGAAGUUCUCUGCUAGGGUCAGUCAGCUGUGAUUGCACCUCAUUAUUACUUUGUCUUUCCACACAUGCAGAAAGGUAGGGUUGGUGACAUGUAUCUGACUGUGGCUUUAGGAAUAACACCUAGCUGUUCUAAAUGCUGAGAUGAAUGUCAGUGAGUGUAGCUAAGCAGGCACUUGCAGUGAGUUUCUUCUGUCCCUCUCCUCUGUCCUUUCCUCUUAAAAACAACCAGAAAGUGUUUAUAUAUCCUUUUGCUCUCCUAAUGAGUAGAAUGUGUUUUAAUGCAUGAGGGGUUUUUUUCAUGUCCUGAUAAACACAAUGAAUAACCUGAAAUGCUUUUCUCUGCAGAUGUGGAAGCUAUCCCAGAAAGCAGAAAUUCAAAAAGCAGGUCUAGGGAGCAACAAAGCUCCUAAUUCUAUUACCCACUACCUGAGCUGUGGGCCAAGUGGUGAGUUUCCUGCCCAACCUGUAAAUGAGAUGAAUUUCAUUUACAACAAACUAACAGCAUUCCAUCUCAGCCCCAGAGCACACUGCAUUAACCAGAUGUAAAUCCUGCUUGCUUACCUGGCUUCUCUCUCGCUCACUCACUAGGCCGGGGCCGGUGGCUCUCCAGAGCUUCUUCCAGAGGCAGGGAACCUUGUCCUGCUUAGCCCUUUGCCUGUAAAAAUGACACUUCUAUUUUUUCAAUCUCCUGAAGAAGAAAGUGCAGAGAAAUCCCAUUAAGAAAUAAUACUGAAGGCAGUUUUUAGACAGGGACAGGUAAAUCUGAAAAGAAUUGUUGAACAAAACUCAAGAGUAUUCAGUACCCCACAGAAUCUGCCUUUUUAUAAAGCUUGUUUUUGGUGUUCUGUCCUCCUCUUGACUUCCCUGAGCCCCUUUGGUGCAUGCUGUUAGUGCUGUUAGUGACUGAACUCUGUGUGUUGUGCCUCUACACCUGAAGCUUUUUCUUACAUUCUUUUCUCUUUCUGCCUUUCGACUGAACACAGAGAGAAAAGUGUCCUUCAGUAUCUCAGUGUGAAGCCUUUUUAUCUGAAGUAACAAGACAGCGACUGUAGGAAUCAUUAAUAAAAAUUAAGGGAAUUUUGUACAUUCUUCGUGACUAGAGCAGGCAAGAAAUAAAAACCUACCUACCUACCUUCCUUCCUUCCUUGAAUCAAGGAGCUCUACUGGAGUCUACUGCCGAAAAUGUGUAGAUGGUCUUAGGAAUUAUUGCACAUUGCACUGUUAAGAUCUACUGAAUAAAGGACAGUUCUCAUCUCCCUAAGGACCAAGGAUUUUAAGGUCUCAAGAAUUACUCCAGGGAAAAAAAAACAAAACAAUACUUCUUUCAUCUUCUGUUUUUGAAAUUAGCCACUGAUUUGCUUAAGCUUCUGCUAAUACUAGCCAAAAACCCCCAUACCUAGCAGUUUCUAUUUGCGUCUGUAAAUCUGAAGGAAAUGCUGUAGAAUUUUGUUGAAAAGGACUGUAUAUACAGAUACAAAAACCUCACAGCUACUGGCACUUCACUGCCUUAUUUGGUUAGCAUAAUCUGCAUGAAAUUGCUCUUAAGAAAGUUUAUGCUGAUUUUUGUUGCAUACUGCAAGAGAAAAAUUUGUUUACAUCCAUGGAAAAGCUUGGUAACUAACAGAAGUGGGAGUCAUGGGAUAAUGGUAUUAUAGAGACAUUGUUUGUCCUUUGUGUUUUUCACAUUCCCGAGUUACUCUGCAUAUGUAUGUUCAGAUGUUUCUGACAGGAAAUUGUCGGGUAUGGUUUUUCUGUAACUUUUAUUUUAAUAUAAGGCUGUUUUCCACAAAUGCCAUUUCCAGGAUAAGACUGUCCUACGAUGUUUGUGUAUUGACUAAUUUUUUUUUUUUUUUUUACUGUUUGUCUUUUGACAUGAGCUGAUUGUGGCUUAGGAGGUUUCUUGAUGGCAAAAAGAAAUGUAAAUAAUAUCAUAUGCAUUUUACAAUCAGUUCCCUUUAAGGUUAUCUUUUACUAGAUACAUUUUGUUCAUUAUUGAUUUAUAUUAAAGUCAACAAAUGUUAUUGGUACAGUUGGUGGUUGCAUAUAUUUGUCUGGAAAGAUUUGCAGCGAGCUCAGAGGAAGUGGACAGGAACUGAGACCCAAAACGAGUUGUUCUAUUUUAUUAAAGCCAUUAAGCACAUUCCUAUUCCUCAUGUAAAGGGUUGAGUUCCCUGUGUCACCUCCAAGCAUCCAGCAGGCAGGUGCUUAAUGUCACCUGCAGCUUCCUCAGUGAAGGUGAGCCCCACUGCUGAAGGCUGUUCAACAGAUUCAAAAGCAUGAAAUCUUGUCAAAAAGGGCAAAAAAGAGGCAUGCUCAAUAAGCUUUAGAAGGGGAAAUUUUCUGUUUGUUUUCUUUAAAAUGAGUUUCUUCUGAAAAAUCUUUGUGAUAAAAUGGGCUAAAAGAUCUAUACUAAGGGCAUAGCGGCUAUGACAGACAAUUCAAAGGCCAUGAAGAUUAGGAAAAUCUCUCUUAACUCUAAAUGAUGGCAUGUUCAAGCUCAUUUCAGGGCCUGUGCCUGGGUUCUCCUCACUCUGCUGACAGAGGACUGAUGCAGCUCAAACCCCCCAACCAGAACCAUUCGUCCCCUUACUGUUACAGGAAAAUGCAUGGCUUGAACCAAGAGAUUGAAACUGCAGUGCCAAAUGCUGCCUGUGCUGCCAGGAUCCGAGCAGGUGGCUGUGUCUGGGGACACUGUCACUGUCAGGACUCUGGCACACACCCCCAUGUGAGGCACGUGUGACUGCCCUCACCACACCUCGAUGUGUCAUUUCCAUCACACAGGGAUCCCCUCCCGUUCCACUGGCCAGCUCAGCUCUUCUCAACUUGUCCACGUUGCUUUGCAGGGAAGUUCCAUGGCAUUUGAGCAGUCAGGUGGCUCUCUGUGCUCUGCUCAUUCCGCUCUUCUUCCUUUCUUAAGCUUCCCAGUUUGUGUCCCUAAAGUAAAACAAAAAAGCAAAUUUAACUUGGGAGCAGCUUCACAGUUCCUGAUACUCCCAGUCCCAGGGAAGCACAUGGCAGCUGUGGGACUGUGUGCACAGGAGCACACACACCCCCUUUGUACCCCAGGAAUCCCAAACCCAUCACUGCCAGUUCCAGGUUACAAAGGAGGUUCUCAUGCCAUCCAAUGUGUACGUUUUAUUUACUUUUCUGGUAGUCUCUGAGGAUUUAGUAACAUUCCCAACACGUACGAUUAUGAUUAUUGUUGUUGUUAUUAUUAUUAUGAUGAUUUCUAAACUUUGUCCAGGACAUGAUGCAGCCUAACAAAGGAGCUCAUGUGUGAUUUUUAGGGGUAGCUGAUGAUGUAUAUGUAAAUAAUGCUUUGAUAUUAAUAAAACUGCCUUAAAGGAAUGUACCUAGGUGUGAAACAGAACUUAAAAAGCUCUUAUUUAAAACUGUAAUUUCCUUUACAUAUUGAUUUUUUUAAUGUUUACCAUUGUAUACAUUUAUUAAUGAUGUUAUUAAAAUGCCAAACCAAAUAAUUUUUAUUCUUAUUUUGUGUGUGUAUAUUUAUACACACUUUUUCUGGAAACUGAUGUUACUGGAAGGGUAUUGGUGUCGUGGUGAUGUGUGCAGUGAGUAUUUCUUCUGGAAGGAAACUGAUAAAACUGUAGCAGAA